CGCGGGCGCGGCGCUGAUCGGAGAAGGUGUUCGCGCGCGCUCAGCAGCAACAAUGUCUCCUGUUCUCGAAACCCACGAGGGAACGUGUGAGUGAGGAUCAGAAACCUGCAGGAUCUGAAUGUGGGAGACAUCUUCUCACUGACUGUGACAACAUGAUGCACUUCCUGUUGCUGUUCAGUCGGCAGGGGAAGCUGCGGCUGCAGAAGUGGUUCACGCCGCUGUCGGAGCGGGAGAAGAAGAAGGUGAUCCGGGACAUGGUAGCACUAGUGUUGGCCCGUCCAGCACGUACCUGCAACUUCCUCCAGUGGAAGGACCUCAAGAUUGUUUACAAGAGGUACGCCAGCUUGUAUUUCAGUGUCGGGCUGGAUGAGCAGGAUAAUGAGCUGCUGGCCCUUGAGGUUCUGCACCGAUACGUAGAGUUGUUGGAUAGAUACUUUGGAAAUGUGUGUGAGCUGGACAUCAUUUUCAACUUUGAGAAGGCGUACUUCAUCCUGGACGAAUUCCUGAUGGGAGGAGAAGUCGUAGAAACGUCGAAGUUAGCUGUGGGUGCAUCGAUAGAGGAGGCCGACACUUUCCAGGAGACGAUGGAGGAAUACAUGAGCAAGCCAGCCUACUGAGCCGAGACGGCACAAGGAUAUCAAAACUUUGAGCAAAAGGUUUAUUGCUCCGGAACAUUUUCACGGAAUGACUUCUAAUGACUGAUUUUGCCUCAUGCUGUGGUUGAUUAAUAACUUUUAAGUUAUUAAGAAUUGUU